CACUCUCUGGUUCACAUCAGAUUGGUAAAUGGUAACUAUCACUAUGAAACAUUUUCUUGUUUCUGUGUGCCUCCUGGGAACAUUUUUCCAAGCUUUGGCUCAAUGCGCCUCAGAGUUUCAUCUUGAAGGAGAUUAUUUGUUGGGUGGACUUUUUGAUAUUCAUCAUGACAGCGCCCCUGUUUAUUACGACAGACCAGAAGCCAUCGACUGCUCCAGUAAACCCUUCAUUCAUUCAAGCUAUCGAAGGUUUCAGUUGAUGAGAUUCUCUGUAGAGGAAAUCAAUAACUCCACCAGCCUCCUGCCAAAUGUAUCUCUUGGCUAUGAGAUAUUUGACCACUGCUCAAAAACACACACUCUCCCAGGCAUUUUCAGCCUCAUAUCAGACAACGGCUUGAUCCAUCCUUGGGGUGAACCACAAAAGAAUCUGUCUAAAGUGAUAGCAGUGGUCGGCACUUAUACGAGUCCUCAAGCCCUGACUGUGGCCCCCCUCUUCAUGAUGGAUCUCAUUCCUAUGGUCAGUUAUGGAGCUGCAAGUUCUACUUUUUCAAAAAUUCAGAAUUUUCCCUCUUUCUUACGAACAGUGCAUCCCAAUAAAGAUGUCAUAGAGGCGAUUGUUAACAUUCUGCAGCACUUCAACUGGCUCUGGGUUGCUUUCCUUCACGUUGAUGGUGAUUAUGGCAAAGAUGGCCAGGAAUUGUUCAUAAAGAGGAUAAAGGACACUGAGAUUUGCCUUGCAUACACUAAAAGCCUCAAUCAAUAUACAGAUCACUCUCAAAUAUUCAAACAGAUAAAGGCACAGAGGAUAGGUGUCAUUAUUGUUUUUGCUGCUGAAUGGACAGCUGAAGCUCUCAUUGAGUCAGCAAUACAACAAAACAUCACCAACAAAGUGUGGAUAGCAGGGGAUGCAUGGUCCUUAAACAAAGAGCUCCCCAAGAAGAAAGGAAUCAAAAAUAUUGGGACUGUAAUUGGGGUUGCUGAACCAAGACUGACAAUUCCUGGUUUCAGUGAUUUUAUCCAUUCUUCCAGAAGCCAGGCUCAUUGUGAAAACACAGAGCAAAAUAUGGUUUGUAAUCAGGAUUGUAACUGCAGCAGCCUGAGUGCAGAAGAUGUCAUCGCUGCAGAUCCAUCUUUUAACUUUCCUGUUUAUACUGCUGUAUAUGCCAUCGCUCACGCCUUACACAAUGUCCUGCAAUGUGGAGCUGGCAGAUGUAAUAACAACAUUACAGUGUACCCACACAUGGUUCUUGCAGAGCUGAAGAAGUCAAACUUCACACUGUUCAACCACAGUAUUCAGUUCGAUGAGAAUGGUGACCCCAGCUACGGAUUCUAUUCUAUAGUCUUCUGGAACCAAAGUGGUGAUGCAGAGGAGAUCGGCUUUUAUAAUUUUUAUCCACCGUUUAACUUUUUCAUCAACGAAAGCAAAAUUCAGUGGCACACAAACGGAGAAGUGCCUACUUCAGUGUGUUCCCCAGAAUGUCCUACUGGAUAUGCACAAAAGUAUAAUGGACUCCAACGAUGCUGCUUCGACUGUGAAAUCUGUCUCAGCGGGACUUAUGUCAACAGCACAGAGUUUCAUCUUGAAGGAGAUUAUUUGUUGGGUGGACUUUUUGAUAUUCAUCAUGACAGCGCCCCUGUUUAUCAUAACAGACCAAAAGCCAUCGACUGCUCCAGUAAACACUUCAUUCAUUCAAGCUAUCGAAGGUUUCAGGUGAUGAGAUUCUCUGUAGAGGAAAUCAAUAACUCCACCAGCCUCCUGCCAAAUGUAUCUCUUGGCUAUGAGAUAUUUGACCACUGCUCAGAUAUGCACAAUUUCCCAGGUUUUUUCAACCUCAUCUCUGUCAAUGGCUUGAUCCAACCUUGGGGUGAACCACACAAGAAUCUGUCCAAAAUGAUAGCACUGGUCGGCACUUAUACGAGCCCUCAGGCCCUGACUGUGGCCCCUCUCUUCAUGAUGAAUCUCAUUCCUAUGGUCGGUUAUGGAGCUGCUACUUCUGUCCUUUCAAGAAAACAGAAUUUUCCGUCUUUCCUUCGAACAGUGCAUCCCAGUCAAAAUGUCAUGGCAAUGGUUGUUAAGAUUCUGAAGCACUUCGACUGGCGCUGGGUAUCUUUCCUUUACAUUGAUGAUGAUUAUGGCAACGAUGGCCAGGAAUUGUUCAUAAAGAGGAUAAAGGACACUGAGAUCUGCCUUGCAUUCACCAAAAGCCUCAAUCAAUAUACAGAUUACUCUCAAAUAUUCAAGCAGAUAGAGGCACAGAGGAUAGGUGUCAUUAUUGUUUUUGCUCCUGAAUGGACUGCUGAAACUCUCAUUGAGUCAGCAAUACAACAAAACAUCACCAACAAAGUGUGGAUAGCAGGAGAUGCCUGGUCCUUGAACAAAGAGCUCCCCAAGAAGAAAGGAAUCAAAAAUAUUGGGACUGUAAUUGGGGUUGCUGAACCAAGACUGACAAUUCCUGGUUUCAGUGAUUUUAUCCAUUCUUCCAGAAGCCAGGCUCACUGUGAAAACACAGAGCAAAACACGUUUUGUAAUCAGGAUUGCAACUGCAGCAGCCUGAGUGCAGAAGAUGUCAUCGCUGCAGAUCCAUCUUUUAAUUUUCCUGUUUAUACUGCUGUAUACGCCAUCGCUCACGCCUUACACAAUGUCCUGCAAUGUGGAGCUGGCAGAUGUAAUAACAACAUUACAGUGUAUCCACACAUGGUUCUUGCAGAGGUGAAGAAGUCAAACUUCACACUUCUGAACCAGAGAAUUCAGUUUGAUGAGAAUGGUGACCCCAACUAUGGAUCCUAUUCUAUAGUUUUCUGGAACCAAAGUGGUGAUGCAGAGGAGAUUGGCUUUUAUGAUUUUUACCCACCGUUCCAUUUCUUCAUUGAUGACAACAAAAUUCAGUGGCACACGGAAGGAGAGGUGCCUACUUCAGUGUGUUCCCAGGAAUGUCCUAAUGGAUCUGCAAGAGAGUAUAAUGGACUCCGCAGAUGCUGCUUCAACUGUAAAAUCUGUUCCAAUGGAACUUAUGUCAACAGCACAGAGGAUCCGUACAAGUGCAUCGCCUGUAAGGAGACAGAAUGGUCUGCAGCAGGAAGUACAUCAUGCAAUCUGCGGGUGGUGGAGUACAUCCCAUUCACAGACAGUGGGGCCAUACUGAUCAUGAUCGGGGCCUGGGCAUUUGUGGGCCUCACACUAGCCAUGUCUGUUCUCUUUGCCAUCAACUACAACACACCUGUUGUCAGAUCUGCUGGGGGACCAAUGUGCUUCCUGAUUUUAGGCUGCCUCAGUCUGUGUAGUCUCACUGUGUUCUUUCACUUUGGUGAGCCAACAACCUCCUUCUGUAUCUUAAGGUUGUUACCAUUUUCAUUGUUCUAUACUGUUUGUCUAGCAUGUUUUGUUGUGCGCUCUUUUCAGAUUGUUUGCAUUUUCAAAAUAGCCGCCAAGUUUCCCAAGAUCCACAGCUGGUGGAUGAAAUAUCAUGGACAAUGGCUGGUCAUCACUGUGGCAUUUGUUACUCAGGCACUCUUACUUAUUAUUGGCUAUACUUAUGCUCCCCCCAGACCCUACCAUGACACAUUGUGGUCCCAUGACAAAGUCAUACUUGGUUGUGACAUUAAUCUCAAAGCAUCCUCUGGUUCUGUGAUUUUACUUCUAUCUUUGUGCUCCCUUUGCUUUAUUUUCUCCUACAUGGGUAAAGACCUCCCAAAAAACUACAAUGAGGCCAAAGCAAUAACCUUCUGCCUGCUCCUGCUGAUCCUCACCUGGAUUGUCUUUGCCACUGUGUACAUUCUUUACCGUGGCAAGUACAUCCAAACACUAAACGCUCUGGCGGUACUCUCCAGUCUCUACUCCUUUCUGUUGUGGUAUUUCCUCCCAAAAUGUUAUAUCAUCAUUUUUCAAUCCCACAGAAACACGCAGGAACACUUCCAAGGUCUCAUUCAGAGGUAUACCAAAACAAUCAGCCAGUAG